AUGCUUAACUUGACGACAUCAAAGGAAAAACGCAACGCUUCAAUUAAGGAAACCUCUUCAAUUCAUAUCGCUAGAUCGCGAGAGGAGGGAAACGCACGCAACGAAAUCCACACUCCGAAGAAAUCUACGCAGAUGCAAAAUGGCUUACCUAGCCAUUCAACGCCGAAUGACAAAUGUAAAGUACCUGAAUUUUCGUCUCCAAUGUCUCCGGUGCAAAAGUCUGAGGACAUUUCAUCAUCAGCAUCCGAAUCAACUCAAAAAAGCAGUCCUGGCGGCUUCAAAGGAUUCACAGUCGAUCCGAUGAGCCAAACCUUUCUGCGCAUGCCACAUUUGUACCACAGCCUGCAAGCGCAGUUGCAACAGAACAAUUCGCCGAAAGUCAAGAGGCCCAUGAAUGCGUUUAUGAUCUGGGCGCGAUUAUACAGAUCGACGAUUGCGAAGCGAUAUCCGAACGCAAACAAUGCGGAGAUAAGCGUCAAGCUCGGCGAGAUAUGGAAUGAAUUGUCCACGGAACAGCAACGACCAUAUUUUGACGAAGCUUCGCGCUUGAAAGAGAAACACCGAAAUGAACAUCCAAAUUGGGUUUAUCAGCCAAGACCGUCGAAAAGACGCUUAGCAUAUAUUACAACGGGUAGCCCCAGUGGGAUUCCCUGUAAUACUGAUUCUUAUGGCUAUCACCAUCCUUAUAGUCUACAGGCAGACAGAGGCAACAUGUCGGUAUCUCCUCAGACGAUACGAGAUCGUGCAAAUGCAGGAUCACUCAGCUUUCAGCCAAGAAAUCUUAAAGACGCAUUUAACAUGGCGCAGAUGGAUCGCGUUCCUGCAACAAACAUAACAAGCGCGAGCAGUAAGGCUGCUGCUGACCACGGAUUUGCCAAUAGAGUGUUUACCAGCGCAGAGAGAGACGCCGCACGUGGCAAAGAAAACGAUUGCAUUCCGUUUUAUAGUAAAAAAGAAGAGGAACAAGCCGUGGAUUGGCUGAAAGUUGAAGCGGCAAAAUUCGAAGAGGAGCAAAUGGUGGCAAGACGUGCGCGCGAAAACUGUAUAGUCAAUGACGCAAUGCUCCCUACAGUCAAUCACGAGACCGACGAGCAGGAACAAGUAGCAAAGAUCAAACAAGAAAUGGAUAGCGACGGCACCGAUCUUGACAGAUACCUUGCAGGACUGGAUGAAACUAUCAAAGAAAGCCUUGAAAAACUCAACGACGUUCCCGAUGAACUGGAUUUCCUCGAUGAUGGAAGUUUGGAUAUGUUAAGUGACAUUGAGGAUACUGAGAACGAAUAA